AUGAUUGAAAGGUUAGAGCCAUACGUACAACAAGCAGAAAAGGACUACCCAAAAGCUAUAGCUAAAGUCUCUGAAAAUCAGCCAUUAUUGAAAGUUUUAUUUCGUGUCCUUUCUACACGCAAAGACGAUAGUAAUAACAUAUUUACAACAGAUAGAAAUAAAUAUUUGAUAGAACUUCGAGAUAUGCUUCCAAUGACAAAGGUUGAAAAGCAGGAACUUUACACUAAAAUAAUGAAGCAAAUGCAUUCUAGUGGCAAAAAACAAGCAGAAAUGUUUUGGAAACUUGAGGAAAUAAGGAUGAUGGUAGACAAUAAAUGCUUUGUUGAUGCAGAAAAAGAAAUUUCAAAUUUUGAUGAGAAAUCAAAUGAUAUGGCCGAUAUGAAAGGCCGUUUCUGGUAUAUCAAAGGAAGAUUUUUCCGUUGUAAAGAGUAUAAAGAGUAUACCAAAGCAAGUAAAUGCUUUUGGAAAUCAUACCAAUUUAAUAUGAAUACAGACAACGUUCCUGAAUCCGCAAUCGCUUUAAAUGCAUUAGGAAAUACAUACUUCGACAUGAAAGAUGAUGAAAAGGCAUUGAUGUAUCAUAAAAAAGCAUUUGAUUUACUACAAUCUUUCUUAUUGAAUGAUCUUCAUCCUGAUUUAUCUGUUUACGAAUUUAAUAUUGGCACUAUAUAUCUCUCAAAGGCUAGUAAACAGCUUUCUAUUUGUAAAUGUGUCACAGAUGAUGUAAAAGAAAACUUAGAGAAAGCUCUACAGAUAUUCGAAAAAUCUAUGGCAAAGGAUGAGAAAAUGAAAACACACAGAAUGCCAAAAUAUGGCAAUAAGCUAGCAGAGAAAGCCAAAGCAUUGUUUUACUUAAGUGACAACGAGGAAAAGCGUAAAGAAGCAAUUGAUAUUAUGAAGGAAUCACUCACAAUAAAAGUAGCUCCUUUCACAGAACCAGAUAAAAAUAAAACAUUGGCAAUUUUCAAAACUGGGCAGACAUUCAUCAAUUGGCGAGAAGACGUUUCCAAUGAUAAAACCAUUGCGAAAUUACUGUUGAAAGAGGCUAUUCAUUGUUUUCGGAAGGCAGAGGAUGAAAUUAAAGAAAGCGAAUCAGCUAGUCUGGAUGGGAAAGACAAGACUGAUUUCAUUUCAGUGUAUGAAAAGAUUGCAUCACAAGGUCUUGUUAGUCGAAAAGAAGCGAAACUCAUUAAUUCUUUCUGUGAGGAUUAUAAAACAGGUGCAUUGUUUGAAUCAUUCUCAUCAAAUGAGAGCUCCUCGUCAAACUCAGAUCUAAAUACCUCGGCAAUUACUAAUCAAGAUACACACGAUUCCGACGAAGGUCAUUAUAGUUGUGACGAUGAAAGUUAUUCUGGUAAAGGUAUAUUAAGUGCAGAGACGGAGAAACAGCAUGCUGCUCAGUUUGAGAAGGAUUUUUACUUAAAACUCAGCGCACAAACAUCAAAAGAUAUGAAGAAAAGACGACACUCUGAUUCAUCCGAAUCAGAUUGAUAAUUUCAUGUAAUAUAGAGACAGGCUAUCUCCGGUUUAAACAGAUGAAAGAAUUGCAAAAACAGCGAAAUCAGACAUGUUGCAAUUGUUACUUGUAUAAAAUGGUACACUACAUAAAUGUAUUUAAAAAAGUAACUGUUUGUUGGCGGCGACAAUGUAUGGCGUCGUCUCUUAUGGAAUGCCCUUUUUGUGGCACAUGGUAGGAGCUGUUAUCAUGUUGUGUUUAGUAGCUUUAUCUCAAUCUUUAAAAAUUAAGUAAACAAGUAUGUUAUAUCUGUAUUUUAUCGAAAAGCGUGUACAUUGUGAUAUUUAUUUUUAUGAAAUUGCCAGCUUAGCUUUAUUUCCGCUUUAUUGAUACUACUUAAAGCCGGACUCUGAUUAUUUAAUGUAAUUUUGAAAAACACUGGUAUUUUCAUUCUUUAACAAUCUAAUAAUUAAAUGUGUGUGUGAGCGUGCGUGCAUGUGUGUGUGCGUGUGCGCGUGUAUAUGUGCGUGUGUGUUGUUUUGUUAUGUAUACUGUUAUGUCAAACUUUAUUAUCAGAUUUGGAUUGAAGUAAAAUGUAUUAUUGAACACAACUUUAUAUCUAUUGCACUUCAAUUUUUAAGUUUUUCCCUGGUUUUGCACACAUGUUGUCUGUGAAAAUGUCAAGAUCUUGAUCAAGAUCCUUGGUUGAUACAUCAUACAAAGAGAUUUCAAAAUAAUGAUUGCUGAGCAAUUUUUUUGCAGUUGCAAUAUCUUUGAUAACUAGUUCGCAGGUGUCGAAUAUUGCUAAAAAUGGGAACAGUAUUAGGCUUGCAGUUGAAAUAUGUUGCUUUUAUGUCUUUCAUAAUUCUAUAACUUUGAUUUGUAUAAUUUUUUAAUCUAAAAUUUAGUAUUUUCUAGCUUGUUUCCACUUUUCCUCACCUGUGACCAAGAUUAAGGACAUUUACUGUCAGUAACGUGUGUAGUGGGAAAUAAAUUUAUAAGAAAAUA